UUUAUUAUUUCAACUUGUAUUGUUGCCAUUUACUUGUUUGGAUUUACCACAAAAACGUUGAGAUUAAGGAUUUAAUUAAAUAUUGGUUUGAACAAUCGUAGCUUGUAAUUUAUGAAGAAUGAUGAUUACGCUUGAGCAAGUGAAAAAGUUGCAUGCUGAUGGACUGUACAGCAAUGUGAUGACAUUGGUUCCAUUUAUGUUAUCUCUCCCAGAACUUGCAGCACCAUUAAGAGAUGAUUAUAAUAUUAUUGCCAAAAAAUAUCAAUUGUUGUUGUAUUAUGGAGAUGCAUUAUAUGAUGGAGGUAAUUAUAAACGAGCUGAGGUCCAGUAUGGUGAAGCUUUAAAACUGAAAAAAACAUUAGCCAAAAUGAAGCCUAAAUAUACUUCUAAUAAGAUCUCUUUAACAACAGAAGUUGAUGUGAAGUUCAAACUAUUUCAAUGUUACAACAAGCUGAAUGACAGCAGACAAGCUAUGGCAGUUCUGGAAAGUAUUCCACCGAAACAAAGAACAAGUAAAUUAAACAUGGUGUUGGGGAAAAUUUAUCAAAAAUAUGGAAUGGAACGAUCUGCUAUAACUUGUUACAAAGAAGUAUUAAGGUCGUCACCUCUUGCGUUGGAUGCUGCCACAUCUUUAAUUCAAUUAGGUGUGACCUUACAAGAAGUUACCUUAUUAAUGAAUGGCAGUACACCACAGACAACACCGGAAUGGUUGACUCAGUAUUUAAAGGGAUAUUCUUUUACUGCGUUGAAUAAACAUCCAAAAGCUUUACAAAUAUUUAAAUCUCUUGAAACCCAGACACUCAAAGACAAUGUGAAACUUUUGAGUUCACAAGCUGAAUCACACUAUAGAAUUGGAGAGAAUCAGAAGGCAAUUUCUUGCUACGAAAAGGUGCGUCUUCAGGAUAAAUUAUGUUUAGAAGGGAUGGAUAUAUUUGCACAAGUUCUUGCAGAAGAAUCGUGUAAAGACCAACUGGAAAGGUUAGCUCAAGAUUUGAUGGAAUUGAGUGAAAACAACAUCGAAGCUUGGAUAGCAAUGUCACAUUACUGUUCGUGUACUAACCAGACAACAAGAGCAGUAUAUUUCGCUCAGAAGGCUCACAUGAUGGAUGUGUCGAACGUACCAGCUUUGAUGUUAAAAGCUUCACUUCUAUCUUUGUUAAACAAGCCACAAGAAGCAGUUAUUCACUUUAGAGAAGCCAUUAGAUUGUCACCGAAUGAACUUAAACUUUACGAAGAAGUGUUUAAUGUUGUAGGUUUAGUGCAAUGUCAUUUAUCAUCUGAGAAGUACAAAGAAGCGAUCAAUAUCGCAAGAAAUGCUCACAAGACGAUCGGUGCCAACGCAAGAACUUUAACUCUUUGUGCGAAAGCUUAUGCAUGUGAAUCUCAAAUGCAAGAGAAAGCGAAAGUGAUGUUAAAGAAAGCAUUGGUUCACGACUCCUGUUACCUUCCUGCUGUGUACCUGUUCAGUGAUAUUUUAAUGAAACAAGAAGAUUACGAAGCUGCUUCACAACUGCUUACGAAACAACUGGAAGCGGAACCAACUUCUGAAUUAUAUCGUUUAAAAGGGGAUUGUUUAAAAGAAUUGGGAAAAACUGACGAAGCCAUGGAUAUGUAUUCAAAAUCUUUAAGGCUUGAUCAAGACAACGUGAAAGCUAUGGACGGCGUACAAAGCGCGGAGAAAGAUUCAACAACCGAUCUAGAUAUGAGUGGAAUCGGAUUACAUGAACCAAGAAACAGAAGCAGUAUGGAGGAUUUAGACGGCAUUGGUGCUGAUAUACAGUGGAUGGAUUGAUCAUUUGAGAAUUGGUGACAAAAUGUACAGAAAAAAAGCAGCUAAGCUAGAUGAAAAGUAACGUUACGGACGCAUUAAACAUGUUUAUACUUUGUAACAAAAUAUAUAUUGAUGCAGAGGAAGAAACACCCAACCAGUUUAUUCUGCGGCUACUAGCUUUUACCUGAUCGGUAAUCGUUACUGACUGUAUCUUUGCCAUCUUUGCUUUAAACCCAAAUGUCCUAUAAUGGGGCACAAACGUUUAAUAUUUUCAGUUAAACUUUUAUUAUAUAUUCCAGAGGGGAAAUUUGUAAUAAACCACGUAAUAACGCA